CCAUGCAUGGCCGGCUAUGCGGAUGGGAGGGACAUACAUACGUGAAUGAUUGGUUUCCACCGCAGCAAAGCCUCCAUGGCACACGGUCUUCAACACCAAAACAGCUAAGCCUCACAGCAAGCCUCCCACAAUGCAAUCAACACAUGGAUAGAUAGGUUCAGCAGGCUUCCUCACACAUAAGGGGAGCCCUCUCCGCUUCUGGACUGCAUAAAUCUACACACACACACACACACACCGGACACAUACCUGGGUGGGCGGAUGGAUGGUCGCAGAAUGGCUGGCACACCUGAACUGCCGUUCGUUGAGCGCCUUCUGCAUCUUGAUGCUGCGCAGCAUCGACUGCACACACAAUGGUGAGCAGGAGACUCGUUGGGGUGCCUUUUUGCUGGCCGGUGUGCCUGCCUCAUUCGCCUAGCCUACCUUGGCAAUGCAAGUGUCAAUGACGCCGUGCUCCGCGAUGUUGAUCCGCCCGGCACCACCAGACAACUGCAUCCAUCCAUCCAUCCAUCGAUGUGAGUCCUUCCUUCUGUGUGUGUGUCCCUUCCUGACAUACCUUGAUGGGAACCUCGGCCUUGAGUCUGUCCAGGUUGGCGUUGCAGUAGCGCAGCAGCUGCUUGUCGUCCCGGACUGCGGCAAUUGCGGCCACAGAACCACACAAGAAGCUCUUUCGUGUGUCUGCGUGUGUGUGUGUGUGUGUACUUGUGAAGGUGCGAUCCUGUGCCUCCCUCUCCUUGUGUCUCCUCAUGAAGCUGUUCUCCCUCAGGGUCUGCAACAUUCGCGGCGUCUCGCGCUCAACCAUCGCAUGCUGCACACAACACACCCGAGGCAGGCAGUGUGUCGAAUGCAUGGCAGGCCUGCCUGCCUGCAGUGAUUGAUGUGAACAGGUACCUACCUGCACCAACAUUCUGACGUAUCUGUAGAGGGGCACCAGCUCAUUCUCAUUCAAGCCAUUCUGCUCCACAAACUCCACCACCCUCUGACACACAGACACAGCACAGACAUGUAGGUCUCGUCCACCUUCUCCCUCUCUCCCUCCCUCCCUGCUCACGCGUUUGCAUUUUGUGCCACUGGUCUCGUGGGACUGGAUGGUCAGCACGGCCGUGCGGUACUGCUGGUCGCUGCCCAGGCCCACCUCCAGCUGCACAAGGUUCGGCCCCGCCCUGGGGUCGUUGACCGGCAGGUAUCGGAGGCUGGUGAUCGGCUGCAGCACCACCCGCUCGGCUGCCUUGUCCAGCGACACAGGAUGGUAGUGCCCAGAUGCAGUGGGGGAGGCCACACUCUCCAGCAACGAACGAAGCGCACUCUCCCUGAUGAACAGAUAGAAACAAACAGACAGACAGACAGAUGCAGGAAGGGCAGGAGACAGGCCGCUCCUCCCUCUGUGUGUGUGUGUGUGUGUGUGUGUGUGUACCAGAUGUCUCGCUCUCUCUUGUCUCUGAAUUCCAGCAGGGUGAGUGCAGGUCGGCCGUGGCCACUCCCGGGAGAUGCAUCGCCGGCCAUAGGCGAGGAAGGGUCCGGAAAGGCCGACGGUGGGUGGCCUAUGACCAGCACCGGCAGGCCGGCCUCUUCGGCAUGCAAAUCCGUGUAGAGCUGCGCCUGCAGACGACUGAUCUCGCUGAUGACGACUGCACCACGCACACAGACAGACAGACGGACAAACCAUGGCACACAACCAGAAUGAGACUGCAUGUGUGUUUGCGUGUGUUACUCUUGAUGGGGUCGCCUCGCUUCUCGCUCGCAAUGGUGAGGACCUGCAUCUUAUCGUCAACACUUACAAUCGCACGCUGCAACAGGGAAACGGGCACAGCACAGCACAGAGCAGCAGCCACAGAACCACGAUUACCCCAUUGAGAAGGAAUCUACAUUCUCACUCCCUCCCCAUCACCCACUGUCGGCUCCCGUACCUCUUUGGUGAGGUGUCUGGUGGAGCGGAAGUAACAGCCCGUGGGUCUGCGGAGGACCUCCAGCAUGUGCACACCCGCCAUAGGUGCGAACCAAAUGAAUGAGAAGAGUUGACUCUUUCGACGAGACCGACACGUGGUCAGCCGGGAAAAUGAAUGCGGCAGAAAGGAGACAAAAGUGCACAGCAAACGAACUGUUACCGAGAGCCGUAGAAUCCUU